UUAAUGCACAGCUCUGGUAUUUGAAUUGAAAUUUGUCAAUUGAGAAGAAAAAUUCCUGAAGUAACUGCAACUAUGGAAAUCAGCAUUAAAUGGAGCAUGUGCCGCACUUGCCGCAAAAAGGGAGACGGCAUUUCGCUGCAGUCGCUCUUCCAAUCGGAUGCCCACAAGCUGCUGGUCUCUUAUGCAGAUUUAGUUGUGCAACCGGAUGAUGGUUUGCCAGAUCAGAUUUGCUCCGAUUGCUUGGACAAGCUGGAGGAGGUGGAGCAAUUCCUCAGCCAAUGCAAGCGAUCCGACGAGCACCUGCGGAACCUCGUCCGCCAAACAAUGUCCUCGGCGGUGGCCUUUCAGCCUGCGCAGAACAGGGAUGAGCCGGCUGGUCAGAGAAAGCGAGCCAGGAAGCAGAACAUUUCAGGCAGAUCCGUGCAGGAGCAGCCCCUAGUCAUAGGCAUCGAUGAGAGUCCAGUGCCCACAUCUCAAGCAACGACUGGCAAACCAAUAAAUAGAAAGAAAUCUGUGUCCCCACAGGAACCAGGCGAUUUCGUGUAUGUUUUAAAGGCCAAUGGUGACAACGACAAAAACACCAGUCAGGAGGAAUACACCCUGAGUGAUUUGGAGAGGGAGACCAAUGACGAUUUUGAUACCUCAUCCCUGGAAGGCACAAUUUUAGACGGCGAGGAGUCCCAGAUAUCGGUGCCUACCAGUGGAUACAAUGUAGAUUUAGCCGUGGCCUGCGUGCCGGACAAGUACAGAUGCAAGGUCUGCAGCAACACCUACUCACGUAUCUCUCUACUAAAUGCACACAUGCAGGUGCAUCGCAGUGAAAAACCCCACGAGUGCGAGGUGUGCCAAAAGACAUUCAGAGCCGCCUGCAACCUGAAAACUCAUAUGCGAACCCACACGGGCGAAAAGCCCUACAAAUGCGCCUACUGCCCACGCCGCUUUGCUGAUUCCAGCACUUUUCGCAAACACGAACGUAUGCACACAAAUGAGAAACCAUAUGCCUGCGAAAUCUGCGGGAAAACCUUUUCGCUGUCUACCUCACGCAAGGCUCACUACCUCCUCCAUUCGUCUGAUAAGCCACACAAGUGCCUCAUCUGCGACAAGGACUUCCGCCUGAAGCACCAGCUCGCGGCGCACGAGAAGACGCAUGCGCACCUCAUGGGCGUAUCGCUGGCCAAGGAGUAUGGCGAAAUGAUGGAGUAGCUAACAAAUA